ACAAAGUCUGUUCAACCAAUAGAUCGCCCGUGUUCUCGUCAGACAAGGAAGUGAUGUCUUUUGUACUUUAUAAAUGUUCACAACGCACCACGUCUGGGUUUCUUCCUAAGGAAGCUCUUGGGUGAAGGAAAUUCAUUUGAGUUUUUUUUCUUUUGAGUUAAGACAGAGUAGAUGUUGCUGUCAAAGCUUUAGCUACAUUCUACUGUGGACGUAAACAAAAGGAAAAUAUUUUCUAAGCAAGUCUAAGAAGUUGCAUCUCUUGUGACAAAGAUGACUAUGCAGCUAUUCGUGUGUUUAUUUACACUCUUGAUUCAGCACCACUUACAGAAAACACGAGCCUGUGAUGGUGUGUACACCUCACCCAGUGGCUCCAUCUCGUCCCCGCUGUACCCCAGUCAGUACCCGCCUAAUGAAGACUGUACCUACAUCAUCAACACAACACAGGGCCAUCGCAUUACCUUGACAUUUGUUACAUUUGAAAUUAAGUCUGCAACCGAUGACUGCAAGUUGGACUAUUUGGAGAUCUUGGAUGGAAGCUCCGAGCUGUCACCGUCUAUGGGUGUCUUCUGUAACACGAGUGUUCCGGACAGAGUGAGGUCCACGUCUAACACCAUGUGGAUCAGAUUUAUUUCUGGCUCACAGUCAGGCGCUGGCUUCAAUGCAACUUACUCAUCAGCAAUCAUUCCACAGAAGUUUCUCCUUGUCACUGACACUAAUAACGGCAUCCGUCGCAUAGACAUCGACACGGGAAGUAAUUUUACAAUCCGUCCCAGUGGUCUUCACAACCCAUAUGGUAUUGACUACGAUCCAGUAGACGGUCGUGUCUAUUGGUCAGAUGUAGUGGAGAAGACCAUUCGAUCCGCUAACCUUGAUGGCAGCGAUGCUCGGCUGGUUCACAAUAUUAGUCAAGGAGGUUACCUAUGGGGCCUUUAUGUGGACUCUGUGUCGAGGCUACUAUUCUACGCCGACGACGGCAACAAGGUCAUCGGAAUGAUAUCACUGAACACCAACAGUCAUCAUAUUGUCGUCGAUUCAGACAUUGGUCAGCCUAUGGACAUCGAACUGGACAAACACAAUGGUGUCAUCUACUGGAGUGACUACACCAGGAGUAAAAUAGAGAGGUGUAACUAUGACGGCUCGGACCGUCAGACACUGAUUUCUGCAUCCAGGCAUCUUAAAGGUCCUAAUGGUCUUGCUUUGGACACAGUAGGGAGGAGACUUUACUGGGCAGAUGGAGCCACACAGCUGAUAGGAUGGACGGAUGUGGACAGCAAACGUUCUAAAGUUUAUUUUAAACUGGAGGGCUCAAAUUUUAUGGGCCUGGAUAUCUACCACAAUGAGUUGUUUGUCACGGACUGGGGAGCUAAAAAACAUCUGGCAAAAACAACACACAUCUAUCGCAUUGGCAAGAAUAAAACAAUGAUGGCGAGUGUACAAGUUAAAGGGAGAGUAAACGAUGUUCGUGUCUAUGCCGAGAAAACAACACGUAAAGAACCAAAUGGAUGUGGCAACAACAAUGGAGGCUGUAGAUACAUCUGCCUACCAGCUCCUGGGAACAGAAGCAAGUGUCUUGCUCCGUUAGACAAGUCACAUGGAUGUGGUGAAUAUAUUGCCCCUAGUGGCUUUAUUUCGUCUCCAUCAUAUGAUAGACAAGACCUGGAAAUCGAGGAUUGCAUUUACAUAAUAAAGACAACACCAGGCUAUCGCAUCACCUUAACAUUCCAGACACUUGAAACUGAAGACUGCAGGUUCGACUUUCUGCAGAUCCGGGAUGGAAGCUCCGAGCUGUCACCGUCUAUGGGUGUCUUCUGUAACACGAGUGUUCCGGACAGAGUGAGGUCCACGUCUAACACCAUGUGGAUCAGAUCCCGGUCUGGCUCACAGUCAGGCACUGGCUUCAAUGCAACUUACUCAUCAGCAAUCAUUCCACAGAAGUUUCUCCUUGUCACUGACUAUUUUAACGGCAUCCACCGCAUCGACAUCGACACGGGAAGUAAUGUUACAAUCCGUCCCAGUGGUCUACAGAACCCAAUUGGUAUUGACUACGAUCCAGUAGACGGUCGUGUCUAUUGGUCAAAUGCACUGGAGAAGACCAUUCGAUCCGCUAACCUUGAUGGCAGCGAUUCCCGGCUGGUCCGCAGCAUUAGUCAAGGAGGUGAGCUAUGGGGCCUUUCUUUGGACUCUGUGUCGAGACUACUAUUCUACGCCGACACUGGCAACAAGGUCAUCGGAAUGAUAUCACUGGACAACAACAGUCAUCAUAUUGUCGUCGAUUCAGACAUUGGUCAGCCUAUAGACAUCGAACUGGACAAACACAAUGGUGUGAUGUACUGGAGUGACUACAUCAGGAGUAAAAUAGAGAGGUGUAACUAUGACGGCUCGGACCGUCAGACACUCAUUUUCGCAUCUUCACAUCUGAAACGUCCUACUGGUCUUGCUUUGGACACAGAAGAUACAGACACACACCUGAUAGGAUGGACGGAUGUGGACAGCAAACGUUCUGAAGUUUAUUUUAACCAGAUAGGCUCAUAUUUUGUGGGCCUGGAUAUCUACCACAAUGAGUUGUUUGUCACGGACUGGGGAGCUGAAAAGCAUCUGUCACUAACAACACACAUCUAUCGCAUUGGCAAGAACGGAACAAUGAGAGCCUCUGUACAAGUUAAUGGCAGAGUAAGCGAUGUUCGUGUCUAUGCCGAAGAGAGUAUACAUAAAGCAUUUACCUCACCAACACCAACAAGCGAAGAAACAACAAGAAGUGAAAGUACAGCAUCUACCCCACCAGCACCAACAAGCGAUCACACAAUAAGAAGUGAAAGUACAGAAACAGACUCUGAUGGUUUGAAGACUCUAAACAAGAUUUUGGUCGGCGUCAUCGCUGCUUUGGUAGUAACUGCUGGUAUCGCCAUUCUCAUCGUUUUCAUCAAAAAAAGGAAAUGUAAGUAAACAUCAGCAAAUAUUACUUAUAUAAACAUGACAAAAAUGCACCAAAAUAACAAAUAGAUUAAAACAUUCAUUACUUUGAAUACACUUUAAACAUGAAAAACAUAAUAUUUACAAGUACGACUCAUAUCAUAAAUAAUCUCUAAGUUUACAGUUUUCUGUGAGAAGGAAAUUCCUCGGACACCGUCGGUUGGUUGUUGCGGCCAGAGGGCAAAGGUUACACACCGUCACACAAUGUUUCUCUGUCGCUAUAGCAACGCUCGAUGAAAACAGAGAAAAUUUGCUGAUUAUUUGUUCUAGCACAGUGAGAACUGUUCUCUGAAAACGUGAAGAACGAGAACAUUCUCGUGUCUUUUGUGUACAAAGACUUUUAUCUCGUCGUUACAAAGGUAAGAAAAUAAAUUUGUUUAAUAUCAGUCUCAUGGUUUGUAAGACUUCGUUCCCACGUAACAUAAACAUGAAAACUUGAAGGUCUGUAAUUUUCAUAAUUUUCUGUAAUGUGCAAUGGAUCUACCAUUUUUGAAUCAUGGCCAUUUUUGUAGUUUUUUAGAAAACUAAUUUCACUCUUUUUCUCUUUUGAUCACAUUUGUUUGAAGAUAAAACAUGAAGCACUUCAAGUAGUCUGCUUGGUGUUAGGAACGUUUUCGGCCUUUAUACAUCCACCUAUCAGUCUGUCUUUAUUCUCGGCUGUAAUAACUGUUGCUACUGAUAACAUUACUAGGAGGGAGAUAGUAGAGUGAGUGUAUUAAUUGUAUGGGUGUGGGGGAAGUGGCUCUGUUGUUUAGUUUAUUGCUUGUGAGCUCUAAACAAACAAAGAUUUAUGUAUCUUCUGUAAACAAGAAAUAUGUCCUUUAUUGUUAUAAUCUUGCCUUUUAUUCAAACAGAUCAGCAAGUAAACGGCUAGACACACAUCAACAAACAUAAAAGACAGUUUUUUUUCUCAUGAAGCAAGCAAAAGCUCAACUGGUCCAGAGAAAAAACACUUUUAGCAAAUAACUGGUGGUGUGUCUUUUUUUCUUAUGACUUAAUAGAGAUUCGGCAAGCUAUUAUUUUUACCAAAUCAGGAUGAGUCAACCCCUUCUAUUCACAACAUACAUGCCUAUAAGAUCACCAUACAAUAACAGAGGAAGGACUCCGCCGCAUAGACAGGAGCCCGUUACAAGGCCUCCAUACAUCCACCGAUCACCCUGUCUUUACUCUCGGUGGCUGGGAUAACUGUUGUCACUGAAAAUCUUUGCUAGGAGGAUGAUUUAAGAAUAACUGAAGUAAUUGUAUCGGCGUGUGGGAUGCCACUGUUGUUUAUUGCUUGUGAGAUCAGAAGAAAGAUUUUUAUAUUUGUUGUAAACAAUAAUGGACAAUAUAUAUUGUUUUGUAUUACGAUGAGCAGGUCUUUUAUUCAAUCUAUAAUAUGUAACCUGCUUGUCUGUUACAAACCAGCAAACCUAGCAGACCACCAUCAGCCAGUCAGCCAGUCGUGUUGACUGAUAAAAUCAACAUGAGACGACGAAAAAAUUAAAGUGUUUGGUGGUAUGGGGCCUUUCUGUGGACUCUGUGUCGAGGCUACUAUUCUACGCUGACGACAGCAACAGUGUCAUCGGAAUGAUAUCACUGGACACCAACAGUCAUCAUAUUGUCGUCGAUUCCAACAUUGGGCUGCCUAUAGACAUUGAUCUGAACAAUUGGUGACUAUAAUAAGAUUGAUCAGGGAUGCCCAACCUACUGCCCGCGGGCCAUAUCCGGGUCGCGACGCGGUGC